CCAAAAAAGUUGCGCGUAAGCUCUUCCUCAUUCCCCGUCCUCCCUCACUCCUCCAGGUACACGCCCUUUGACUUGUCAGGGGGAAAAGUUUGAAGAAAAAAAAAAGGCAAAUCACGGAAGAGGUUCAGCUUCUCCUACUUGUUCAGCAACUCAUCUGCUCUCAAAGUAGCGCGGCCAGGCGGACAAGAUCCAAAAGCGAACAUACUAGAACACAUCUGUACCACUUCUCUCUCUCCUCGCAAACGUUAUACGAACAAGAAGUCAUGGAGGAUGCUAUUAAGACAGUGGUGAAGGUCUUCGUGAAGUCGGCCAAGGGCGGUGACAGCAUGGGCGGCAAGGACUUCGACAACCUGGUGAAGAAGCAGCUGGGCAAUGUGCUGACGGACACAGACUCCAAGGGGGCGCUAAAGGAGAUGCGCAAGGGCCUGGACGAGAACCAGGACGGCAAGGUGAGCUUCGAGGAGUACAUGACGCUCAUCGGCUACCUGGCCAACUCCAUGAGCGAGGCCAAGACCAAGGAGAAGGCUGAGGCGCCCAAGAGCGAAGCGGCCGUCACCAACAGCGCCCCAGCCCAGGAGAACAACUCGGCGGCGGUGCCCGCGGCGGUGGCGCUGGUGGUGGAGCCUCCCAAGGUGGAGGUGAAGCCGGUGGAGGUGGCGCUGCCCGAGCCGGUGGCGUCGGCGGUGUCCGCGGCGGCGGCAGCGGUCGGGGUGGUGGUGGAGGAGGCGGAGCCAAAGGAGAGCGUCGACGGGGCGCUUGCCGCGGCCACGGCCGCCAUGUCCGUGGCCAAGGGAGUGGUGAAGGACGAGGACGCGACUUCAUAGGGCGAGCGAGGGCGGCGUGCGUUCCCCUCACCCGGUCUUCACGCGACGACGACGACAGCAUCACGGCCGGCACACACACACACACACACA